GCUCGCCGGAAUCCAGUUAUCAGCAUCAUGUCGCCGGAAAUGGAAAGGCUGCUCCUACUGCUCCUAAUUGGUGUCUUCUGUCUGAGUGGCAGUGGGGCGUACAAUGUGCCCAAGGCCACCGUCAAGGUCAAUUCGCCCAAUGGCUUCGAGGUAUCCAUACCGGACGAGCCGGGCGUCUCCCUCUUCGCCUUCCACGGAAAGGUCAACGAGGAAAUGGACGAUCUCUCGGAUCAAACCUGGGCCGCCGACAUCGUCAACCCCCGCAACGGACGCUGGACGUACCGCAAUCGCAACCACAAGCUGCAGCCAGGAGAUGUGCUCUACUACUGGACGACGGCGCGCUACCAUGGCGUCGACCAUCACAACUACAACCAACGGCAUGUGGUCGGAGGAGGUCAAGGAGGGAACACGCAGCGUAUCGAUGCGCGGGGUUCAGGCGGUGGCCAUCAGCCGAUUGUAGUCAACGGCCAGCCGACGAUCAAUAUAUAUGUGGCAUAAAUUAUAUUAAAUUAAAGCGAAAU